GAUUUCGGAGGAGUCGUCUAUCUCGUCUGGGUUUUAUUUUCAGCAAAGAUCUUAUAGCGAAGAUCUUUGAUUUUCUGCGCAUGUGAGGUGGCAGCAGACUGCGAGCAAAGAUAAUCUUUGCUGCGAGCUGAAGCGGAAGCGGAGAAGCUGGGGAACAGCAACAGUAGCAGCAACAGUAGCAGCAGCAACAGCAGCAGCAACAGCAGCAGCAACAACCAAAGAUCCUAUAGCAGAGAAUCUAUAGGAUCUUUGGCAACAACAACAACAACAACAACAACAGCAACAGGAGUAGCAGCAACAGGAGCAGCAACAGGAGCAGCAACAGCAGCAGCAGCAGCAGUGCCGAGACGGACCCGGUCACUAGCGGUGAGCCGCAGUAGAGCGGACCCGCUGCACCUGCAGCAUGGAGCAGCUGAGCGCAGGUGGCGGUGGGGAAAAUGCAGUGGAGUACUUUUUUAAACAAGGAAGAAUCCAUUCCAAAGAUGCCCUGGAAAUCAUCUGGUAUCACGCUGCCAACAAAAUAGCACAAAUGAAUGAAGCAUUGGAAAGUGAUGCACAUAUGAUUGAAGCAGAUAUUAGUUUUGGCAGCCAAGGUCCAAUUAUGGCCCAUCCUCCUGCGACUGACAAUGACAACACUUUGCAAAAUUGGUUGAAUGAGGUGCUGCCAUCAGAUAAAGGCAUCAAACUGGAUUUUAAAAGUUUGUCAGCUGUGGAACCUGCGAUGAAAAUGUUAGUUUCAAUGAAGCUUCCCCUCGUGAGGCCAGUGUGGAUCAACGCCGACAUCCUGCCAGGACCGAAUGCGAGCAGUACAGCACUGAUCGCCAAGGAGUUUCUGCACAUUGUAACGUCGUACUUACCCGAUGUAACGCUCUCUCUGGGAUGGACAACCAACGUUACAAACCAAACGCAAGGUUACACCUGGGAGAUGGUAAAGGAGAUGGAGCACAUUUGCCAGACGCUAUGCCAGCCAGUAACGUUCCCUGUCAGAGCAGCACUGCUUCGAUCGUCCUGGCCACAGUUUCGCUGGUUACUGCAGCAGUCAGAAAGAUACAGUCUGACUGUGUGGACGGGAAGAGACGAUUCAUACACUCUUGAAGACAUGUUAUACAUCCGAGAGGACUUCGACAAAUCAAAGAUCUAUUAUGAUCUUUUUGAACCUCAAAUCAGUGCCUUAAGGCAGGCAGCAAACUAGAAAACUGCAGACCUCAAAUACCAGCAAGUUAAUCACAAAGACAGAACUUGCAUUUAUUCAGCGUUUUGAACAUAGUAAACCAUCCCAAGAUAAUUAUCAAAUGCAAUUUAAGACGCGUUGGGCGGCACGGUGGCGCAGCAGUAGGGUUGCUGCCAUACAGCGCCGGAGACCCAGGUUCGAUCCCGACUACGGGUGCUGUCUGUACGGAGUUUGUACGUUCUCCCCGUGACCUGCGUGGGGUUUCUCCGAGAUAUUCGGUUUCCUCCCACACUCCAAAGACGUGCCGGUUUGUAGGUUAAUUGGCUCUAUAUGAGUGUAAAAAUGGUCCCAAUGUAGACUAGUGUUAAAGUGCGGGGACCGUUAGUCGGUGUGGGCUCUUCCCAUGUUGUAUCUCUAAACUAAACUAAACUAAAGCAUAGGUGAACCUGGUACUGGGAUUAGCAUGCCACACUUUAAUUUUUGUUAUUCAUUCAACGGACGUGGGCUUUGUAGGCCGAGCAUUUAAUUACCCAUUCUAGAUUGCCUUUGAGGGAGUGGUGGUGAAAUACCUCCUCGACUGUUGCAACUCAUGAGGUGUGGACAAAUCCAACAGGGCUGCCAGGAAGGGAGUUCCAUGAUUUUGACACAAUGCUGGUAUGAAAUAUUGUAAUCGUACAUUAUCUCUUCAUAAUUCAAAUAGUUGGCCUGGAUUGGAGCAUCAUAGUUACAAGGAUAGGCUCGUUUUUUUUCCCCUGGAAUAGAGGAGCCUGAGGGGUGCCUGUUCCGUAGAGGAGGCUGAGGGGUGCCUGUUCUGUAGAGGAGGCUGAGGGAUGCCUGUUUUUUUAUAACUGCAGGUCAAGGGAUCAUGUCUCCUGUGUAUUUGCUCCAAUAUCAUGGCAGUAUUUCAAACUUGCCCUACCCAUUCUUUGAACAUUUGGAACUUACGGGCAGAAGUAGUAAAACAUUGUUAACUCGGGUUUCCAUCUGUUGUCUUGGACAAAGGUGGCUUAACAGGACCUUUGACCUAUUUAACAAGAAGAGCGUGUUUCUGGAAAUACAGAUAAUAUUCACCACCUUCAACGUGAAACUAAUUCUGUAAAGACUCAUAUCCAAAAAUCCUUUAUCCUUUCCCGGGGGGCACAAUGGCGUGGCGGUAGAGCUACUGCUUUACAGCGCCAGAGAGCCAGGUUCGAUCCUGGCUGCAGGUGCUGUCUGUAUGGAGUUUAUACCUUCUCCCCGUGACCUGUGCGGGUUUUCUCCAAGAUAUUUGGCUUCCUCCCACACUCCAGAGACAUACAGGUUUGCAGGUUAAUUGGCUUGGUAUAAUUGUAAAAUUGUCCCUAGUGUGUGUUGGAGUAGUGUUAGUUUGUGGGGAUCACUGGUCAGUGCGGACCUGCAAACGCGGGCCUUUCUCCCUGCUGUAUCUCUAAACUAAACUAAUCUAAACAGCUGUGCAAAGUUUUAUUCAACCGUUAUCUAGUCCAGGAAACCGCACCCUGCACGUGAAAAGGGUUCAUUGAACUUUAAAACUAUUUCCCAGCAUUUGUUGUGGCAACCUCUCACGUAAGUUCAGAAUGUAGAUAUCAAAUGUGAUGGAGAACCAUACAUAGAUUAGAUGAACGUACUGUAUAUUUGGAUGUAAGCCUUGAAACUGGAUUGUAUACCUCUGUUUUGUUGUCAGCAUAAUGCUUUUUAAAACCCAUUUAACCUGAAGUAAACCAUAUUUGUAACAUUCCUAGUUCAAACUAGACCAACUGUGUAAUGCAACUGAAGUGAAAUUCACCUUUGUGAUUCCAAUGCCGUUGAUAUGCCAGGGAUACACGCAAUGAUGUUUUUGGGUGACAUCAUCUUAGCGUAGUUCAAUUCUUUCGAAGCAUUUGAGUGUUUCAUACGAAACACCCAAGUGAACAUGGUCUUAAUCGCACAUCGCCAAUAUAGGAUACGCACAGAUGAGCAAAAUACUUAGCUAACUUCUCAGGCCACCAUUCUCUGCAUUAAAACAACCCACUAGAGCAAGAAUACAUAACUUGCGAUAAUCUAAAAAUUGAGUGCAAUUCAUAACCCAUGAUAUUAUCAUUAAUUUAAUUUAAAAUUUAAACGAUUGUGGUGCAUAGGUCUCGAAACGAAAGAGAGGAGUCAGGUACCUCUCUUGGACCCACAAUACCUCUACUCUGAUCAAGAAGGGUCAUCAGCGUCUCUUCUUCCUGAGGAGACUGAAGAAGGUCCAUCUGUCUCCUCAGAUCCUGGUGAACUUCUACCGCUGCACCAUCGAUAGCAUCCUUACCAACUGCAUCACAGUAUGGUAUGGCAUCUGCUCUGUCUCCGACCGGAACGCAUUGCAGACAGUGGUGAAAAUUGCCCAACGCAUCACCGGUUCCUCGCUCCCCUCCAUUGAGUCUGUCCAAAGCAAGAGCUGUCUGCGGAGGGCGCUCAGCAUCGCCAAGGACUGCUCUAACCCCAACCAUGGACUGUUUACCCUCCUACCAUCCGGGAGGCGCUACAGGUCUCUCCGUUGCAUUUCGUGGUCUCUGUACUGUACACUGACAAUGACAAUUAAAAUUGAAUCUGAAUCUGAAUCUGAUUUCGAGAGGCACCUUUAUUUGUGUUCCUCCCGGUUGUAGGGAAGCCCACGAGAGAAAGAUGGCACCCAAACCCCUUGCCUUUAAACCCUCUGGUUAAGGGCCGCUUCCGGACUGAACCAUUCCCGUGCCGAGGGGUUUGACAGUUAGGAUGGCCCGACCCUUGGGAGCCGCCACAGGACCCCCCCCCCCCCCCCCAGAACCCGAGGCACGAAACGCACCGGCGGGCACACGACCCGGCCGGACCGCGUGCGGAAGUCAGCCGAUCGUGGGGCUGGCAGAGGCACAGGUGGAGGGAUUGGCGGGAGGACAGGUGGAGUGACAGGCGGAGGGAGCCGUGAAGGGGGGCGCAUUCGAGGCCGAGGUUGGACAACCAGCACCGGCUGGUCAAUGUCCAGGUGUGCCGGCUUCAACCAGUCAAUCGACACGGCCUCCGGCCGGCCCCCCAUGUCAAGCACAUAGGUCAUCCACCCGUGUUCCAGCACCCGGAACGGGCCCUCGUACGACCUCUGGAGUGGCGUCCGGUGGGCAUCAUGGCGCAGGAAAACGUAGGGGCAGUCCCGGAUGGCUGAUGGCACAUGCAGGCGAAAUGUCCUAUUGGCAGCCGGCCCAGGCGUUUCCCGGGAACAUGCACGACUGGCGGCAUUGCCGUGCUGCAGCACCCCAGCGCUGAUGGUAGUAGCACCAGCGCCUCCUGUUGGUGGCACUUGAAGCUUGCUGGCUCCUGGUGGUGGCACUUGGAGCUCGCUGCCGCUGGACUGCAGGUGCAGUAUAUGACACGGCCGCAGGGGGCGAUCAUACGGGCCGUCGGGCUGGAGCUGUCACUCCUUCCACAGCUCCCCCGGCCCACCGGUGGAAAUCGGGAGCUGCCGGGGUGAGGUCAUCGGUGUGCCUGCCGACGGCCAGCCCAUUGACGUUAUCAGGACGCGCCAUCCACAGCGCGUCAGUGCGCCUACCGAGGGCCCUGAUGUCGGCGAAGGAGGCAUCCGUGAGCUGAAGACGGAUGUAGGCUGGCAGCAGAUGGAGGUAUAUAUAUUCAAACAAUAGGCACGGUGUGUGCCCAUGUAGGAGAGCAACCAUCUCUUUUAGGAGGCUUGAUGGCCGUCUCUCGCCUAGGCCCUCCAUAUGAAGGAGCCUGGCAGCACGCUUCUCGGUGGCCGGGGGGGGCUGCUAGGAAGUCCGUGACCUCUUCAACCGUGUCCUGGUCGAGGGCCCCCACCAGGUAAUAGAAGCGGGUGGCAUCGACUGUGAUGCCCCGCAGGAUGAAUUGGGCCUCCGCCUGCGUGCGGCCCACCAGAUGUGCGGCCGGGUGGUCGAAAAGGUGGGCAAUCUAACAGAGACCGUGUCCAGAGACAGGGCCGGCCCGGCCUGUGAGGUGGUAGGGCUUUCGGCUUUCUCCAGCAUGACGACAAUGGAGUGUCGGGGUCACCAAUGUGGUGCGUACGUCUCGAAACGAAAGAGAGGAGUCAGGUAUUUCGAGAGGCACCUUUUUUUGUGUUCCUCCCGGUUGUAGGGAAGCCCACGAGAGAAAGAUGGCACCCAAACCCCUGCCUUUAAACCCUCUGGUUAAGGGCCGCCUCCGGACUGAACCAUUCCCGUGCCGAGGGGUUUGACAGUUAGGAUGGCCCGACCCUUGGGAGCCGCCACACGAUGAACGUUUCAAAUAGGCUGUAAACUGCAAAGGAAAUCCUGAACUUUUUUACUAAUGAAGGACAUUUUUUAAAUUCUGGAUUCUUGCGACAUCACUGAGAUCACAAGUCAAUGCCUAAGUAACAAGAUUAUGCCGUGCCUCUUCUCAGCAGGUGAACGCAAAUAUGAAUAAAGAAAUAUACGGCAACAGGUUUGGGCUACUGAUAAACUUUUCUCCACCAAGCAUCUGGGUUGUGCUAAUGGUAACAAUAGACAAAUAGGAAGGAGAAUGGCAUAAACAAAGGAAUGUUUAGUAUAGUUUAGAUAUACAGCACAGAAACAGGCUCUUCUGCCCACCGAGUCCACACCGACUAGCGAUCUCCGCACAUUAAAACUAUCCUACACAGUAGGGACAAUUUACAAUUUUUACAGAAGCCAAUUAACCUAGAAUUGACCUGCAGUCAGGAUCGAACUCUGGUCUCUGGCGCUGUAAGGCAGCAACUCUACCGCUGUGCCGCCCCUAUGUUUGGUCAAUCUAGUGGCUGUGAUUUUUGGAUUAUGAGCAGCUCGGGUGGAUGGGGUCAACUUGCAAGGUGUUGUGGCAGAACAUUCCAAGUAGUCAUCAUGGUGAAAUGUAUCUGAAAUCAUUUAGGACUAAAGAAUAAAUAAUAUUUUGAUUAAAGGGAACUGCAGCUUGAGUGACUAGUUACAGUUAAGGGUAAAAGUAGUAUAAGGCAUAGAAUUCAGCAGUCGUAUUGGAGUAUAAGAUGUGUGAUAUUUUAUAUCAUAACUUCAGGCAGCAUUGCAUGUCAUGUGUUUUGUAGUGUUUAUUUGUGGGGGUUGGUUAUAUGUUAAUAAAUGUUUUAAAAGA